UAUGACAGUCGUGCCCGCUCCUUCAGAUUCGCAGAAUCUCAUGUUGAUUCCUUUUAUUUGACGAUGAUGAACGUGCGAUUGUCGAUACCGGACCACGUUUAGUGUAGAAGAGAAUGCAGGCCUGGGGCGAUGGCGAUCGGCGACGUUUUGUUAGUGGUUGUAGAGCAAGAUCCUGACUGGUCGAUGGGGAACCGAGCAGAAAGCAGUAUAAUUUUCAGGAGACUUUUCUCGUGAGGAAGCUAUCGAAUUGCAGUGGAGCGAGACUGGGAAGAGCUCCUGAGCUCCGGUCUCGAGUGAGGUCGACAUUUCGGGCUACCGGACGUAGAAGUGUGUGAGGACGUUACAAAUGUUUAUUGUCAAAAUGUCGCAGGUGCGGGGACUGUCGUCAGGGGAAAGCCAGGUGCCUAAGCGUGUCUGGGUUUUGGGGAAGUAUGCAGCUUUUGCAAUGCUGCUUUUGACUGCCCUCCCUAUUCUUAUUCCAAUCGGUUUCAUGCUCCUGGUGAUUACAUUACCUCUUUGCUUACCUCUGGGAUGCGGCGUUGGGGUCAUUCUGUGCAUGAAAAGGUGGGUUAAAAUUCCGCGCCGUCACCAGCAAGUUCUUCAUCUCAGUGACUUCGUAGAUCCUUGUAGCAUUUCACCGUCACGGAGUCAAAGCUCAUCCAAGUCUGUCAUCGCCCGGAGCGAUGCAGACUUGUUUGUUGACCCCGAGACUGAUCGUCACAUCAAGGAGAAGGAAAAGGAGGAGACUGGACAAGAAGAAACACUUGAAACUCCUCACGAGCAGGAUGUCAAAAAGAAACCUGGAAAGACUCGGGGUGGUUCGUAUAUGAUCAAGCUGCCUCAAUCUGAUCCAGGAACUCAAGUACCUAUUGCUGGAAGUCAAGCAGCGCAACCUGCAGGGACUGAAGGUGUGGAUUCAAGAAAUGCUGAAUCAAAUCGUAUUGAGAUUCCAGAUGCUGGUACAGGUGAGGAGCAGAAGGAGGUUGUGAGUGCUACCUCUACAGGUGUGUCUUCUUCAUCCGGGGGACCAACUACUCCUGAACACGGGCAUCCAAUUCCGACUAAUCUCCGGUCACACGACCACGUGCAAUAUGUGAAGGACGAUAGUCCACGAGUGGGCAGAGGCCUCUUCAAAAGCAGAAGAAGGAAGCAGCAGAAUAAGUGAGAUUGUGUUAACGCAGGCCGUUUGCAUUCGAUCCAGUUAACUGUUAACACAGAACUCAUCCCCGACGCCCUCCACGACAUUACAUGAGAAAAGUUCGCAAGGCAAGCUAUUUCACAUCAACGACGACUACACAUUAGUUCAGAUUUUUUGUGAACACAGUACAUGAGCUAUGGCUGUACCUGUGACAGAAGCGAAGUGUUUAAAUUAUGUUUGGUAGAUGAUGCAAUCUGAUUCAUCGCAUGAAGUUAAUAUGCAAUACAAUCUUUCCAUUC